AUGUCAGAGGAAGGAAAAAAUCUGACAGAUAAAUCAUUAGAAUCAAACACUCAAAGUUCAAUAUAUAGACUAAUAUAUUUGAUGGUUCGGGAUUAGAAUUAAUCAAUGAUAGUGCAUAGUAUGGCAAUGUUAAUAACUUUGAUGCAAAUAAAUUAUUUUAAAUUUCAUCAUGUGGUAUAAGCAUUAUAGUAUAGAGAUUGUAUCAGUAUGGUAGGAUAAUAAUGCAGAAAUAUUGACUGAAAUAUUUGGAUAUUUUAAUUUUACUCAUUAUUUGUUAAAUUAAGAUUAUAGUGCUGUACAAAUAUUAAUAUAUGUUUCAAUUGCAUUAAUAAGUUUUUGGGUGUUCUUAUUUUUAAUAUCAAUAAUAUUUAUAGUAAAUCAGAAAGAUCCAGUUUAAUUAUUAAUAAACAUAUUAAAAUACAUGACAUUUGUGUUCAGUACGAUACUCUAUAUACCUAUAUUAUUUUUAUAUACAGUAUUAAUUUAAUAAAUGUAAAAUAGCUACCAAUUAGUUGUACAAAUGAAUAUAUGGAUAGUUUUCCAAACUAAAGAUGUUGGUAAGGAUUAUUAGUUAUAGAUUAAAUAAUCUCAAUAAUUGGUUUAAUAAUUUUAUUUUUCAUGUGUUCAUCAAUUAAUCUUGUAUUGUUUGAUGCUACUUUUGAUUAAGAAAAAGCACUUUCAAAAAGAAAUGGACGAUGUUCAACUUUAACUUCUAUUCAUUUUGGANAUGUCACUAUUGACAAAAUACCAAAACAUGAAUAUUACUUUAAAAUUGUAACAAGAAGAAAUAGAACACUAAUGUCAACUAAUAAAAGAAAUGAAAUUAAUGCACUUACAAUAGCCUGGAGUAAUUGA